GUAAGCAAUUUCCAUUCUAAGUGUGUCAGAAAGAAGUCGUGUGAUCAACAUGAGCCACAGAAGCAAUCACUCAUCCUGCGGAUCUGUCUUGGGAGCUCAUCAUUCUGGGGGACAUAACUCUUCCAGCUACCUCUCUUCAGUUCAACAUGGAAGCUCUAAAAAAUGCUACAACAAGAGUCAAAGUGGUCACUGUAAAGCUUCCAGCCAUCAUGGAGCAAGCAAGAAGCUUUCCAGCCAUUCUUCUAUUGGUCUUGAACAUGGAAGUGGAAGUGUUGGUAAUCUUAGAUCUCAUCACAAAAGUUCUAGCAGUCAUAGUCAUGGUCUACUCAGUAUCAAUGAGAAGGAAACAAUGCAGUUUCUAAAUGGACGUCUUGCAUCUUAUCUGGAGAAGGUUCAUUCACUAGAACAGGAGAAUUCUCAACUGGAGAGGAAGAUAUGCGAAUGGUAUGCAAAUAACGCCCCCAGCUCCUUGCCAGACUCCAGUCAGUACUUCAGGACAAUCCACGAGCUUCAGAACCAGGUUGCUUCUGCCUCAGUGGACAAUGCAAGAAUUGCCUUACAGAUAGAUAAUGGUCAACAAGCUGCAGAUGACUUCAGAAGCAAGUAUGAGAUGGAGAAAAACUUAAGGUCCAAUGUAGAGGCUGACAUUGGAGCUCUGCACAAAGCCCUAGGACAGCUUAACAAUGAACUUCAAGACUUAGCGAUCCAAGUUCAAUGCCUCCAGCAAGAAAUUCUCCAGUUGAAGAACAACCACACAGAGGAAGUGGAUGGGUUGCGUGCUCAGCUGGGAGCCAGAGUCAAUGUAGAAAUGAAUGCUGCUCCAUCCAUCGAUCUGAACAGCGUUUUAUCUGAGGUCAGAGAGGAAUACGAAAACCUGAUGGAGAGGAACCUCCGGGAAGUCGAGGGCAUGUUCUUGGAACGGAGUGCAGAAUUGGACCGCGAGGUAUCUUCUGGAUCUGAACAAAUGCAGUCAGUAAAUAAUGAACUUAUUGAUCUCAAACACUCUGUACAGACUCUGGAGAUUGAGUUGCAAAGCCAAUUAAGUUUGAAAUCUGCUUUGGAAGGGACUCUAGCCGAGACAGAGGCCAAUUUUAGAUCCCAACUUUCCCAGUUACAGUGCCUCAUUGAUAAUGUAGAAUCUCAGCUAUCACAAAUCCGGUCUGACCUUGAACAACAGCACCACAAGUACCAGCUCCUCAUGGACCAGAAGACCCAUCUUGAGAUGGAAAUCAGUACUUACAGACAUUUGAUGGAUGGACAUGAUAUUCAUUUCUCAGGUCACAGUUCUUCAGGAGGAUUUCAUCACGGCAAGUGCUAGAAGAAGCCCAGAAAGACAUCAGUCUUUGAAACACGUGGAUCUCUAGAGCAAAGAAGGAAAUAUUAUACUGUCUACUUUUUCUAAAUCUGGUUGUUGUGUUUCUAUUAUUUUUUUUUCUUUCGUUUUCUGUAGAGUGAUUAAAGCAUGUGAAAAGUCCUAUACAAAAUAUAUCCCCAUGCAAGAGAAAUUUCAUCUUAAAUAUAACAUGCGCAGAACAAACAUUGUGUAAAAUUACUUUAAACCUCUUCAUAGAGGAACUGAUUUUUUUUAAACAUUUGGUUCUAUUUAGUGAAUAUAAUAUCUGAUCAAAGACUCAAAAAAUAAACCUAGAGCUAGAGACAUACAUAGAUAGAACAAAUGACCUUUCUUUUCCCAUGUUGGAAAUAUUUGGUAAAUGUUUACUCAUUUAUAACAAUGUUCACUAAAUAUUCAAUUGGAAGAUGUGUACAUUGAUUGGAUUUUUGUUGUUGUUGAAGAAACGUUUGGACUGUAUUGUCAACACUCUUUCUGACUGUGGCUGUUUUUCUAACUGUCCUUUAGUCAAGAUUUUGUAAAUAAACUUUGUCUGUCUCAUGCAAA